AAAAAAAAAAAAAAAAAAAAAAAAACAAGGGUGCGCCCAGAUUGCACCCUUCUGGCAUUUUAACAAUUCGAUUUAACUCAAUUACUGCCAAACUAUAAAAGGGCUCAAUCACACACGUUAAGGGAGAGUUCGAGGUUUAAAUUGUGACGGAGAGAUCUUAAAAAAAAAAAAAAAGUUAGUUUUCCUUUUCCCGGCUUCACUCCCGCCUCCCGCAGCUCAGUGUGUCCCUUUGGCAGCUCACGAAGUUGGUGGCUACCAGAAUCGUGUUUAGUCAUUUGAAAGUGGACUUUAGCGGCAGAAGAACGAUACAGACCACAGCGUGCGGCAGAAGUUGUGAAAGCGUAUCUGAUUUGUAAUCUCAGUCCUGGGGUUGCUUUGUACCGUUUGGAAAACUACAAAAAAAUAAAAAAAUAAAAAUAAAUCACAAUUGUGGAUUCAGUUAUUGCUUAACCUACCUACUGAGGGAGUAACACAUUUUGGAAACAGUGGUAUGGUUAUAUUUUCCACCCAAGUUUUCCACGGUGCUGGAGUAUUCAAAGGCAAUGUUGUAUACAUCUCUGAACAACAUCCUGGAGAAAUGAUUGGAGAUUCACAAUUGCACAAGCGCUGAAGCCGUACCAGUGCUAACAAGCCGUGGUAAAUUAUUAUCAACAGAAGGAGGAAUAAAUCGAAAAGGGGUUACUAUUGUUUAGUAGCUUGUCUGGCUAACGUUGCUGUUGGAUUUAUCAUGAUUGUAAUGAAUAUUUUCGGAAUCUUUCUCCUGUUAGAUGACAUUGUACAUUCCCUGGCCAGUUCGUCUGUCCUUUCUAGCACCGGGACCCAUGGAUGGAGAACUCCGGUGGACUGUGUCAAAGCAAACGAGCAGUGCGCUGUGGAUUCACUAUGUAGCUCCCGCUACCGGACCCUGCGCCAGUGCUUGGCUGGCCGAGACAGGAAUACCAUGCUUGCAAACAAAGAGUGCCAGGCUGCGUUGGAGGUGCUGCAGGAGAGCCCUCUGUACGACUGUCGCUGCAAACGAGGCAUGAAGAGGGAGCUGCAGUGCCUGCAGAUUUAUUGGAGCAUUCACCUUGGCUUAACUGAAGGAGAAGAGUUUUAUGAAACUUCACCUUACGAACCUGCGAGUUUCCGCCUUACCGAUAUAUUCAGACUUGCUUCAAUCUCCUCAGGAAUGGACCCUACUGCCGCAAAAGGAAACCACUGUACAGAUACUGGGAAACCUUGUAACGCGUGUUUGGAUGCUGCAAAAGCCUGCAAUUUAAACAAUGAUUGUAAAAAGCUGCGAAGCACCUACAUCUCCACCUGCAUGAAGACCAUCUCUCCGGCAGAACCCUGCAGCCGUCGAAAAUGCCACAAAGCCCUAAGGCAGUUUUUUGAUCGUGUGUCGACCGAGUACAGCUAUCGGCUGCUUUUCUGCUCGUGCCAGGAACACGCGUGUGCCGAGAGACGAAGGCAGACGAUCGUUCCCUCCUGCUCCUACGAGGAGAAAGUAAAACCCAACUGCCUGGAUCUGAGAAACUUGUGCAGGACUGAUCAUCUAUGCAGGUCAAGACUCGCAGAUUUUCAUAUGAACUGUCAAACAUCAUUAUAUUCAGUUACCAGCUGUCCCAAUGACAACUACCAGGCAUGUCUGGCUUCCUAUUCUGGACUGAUUGGGUUUGAUUUGACCCCAAACUACGUCGACUCCAGCAGCACUAACAUUACCGUGUCCCCCUGGUGCUCUUGCAAAGGAAGUGGGAACAGGGAAGAAGAGUGUGAAAAAUUCUUGCGGGACUUCCGGGACAACAGCUGUCUCAAAAAUGCAAUUCAGGCUUUUGGAAAUGGAACAGAUACAAAUCUAGUACCUAAAACCCCCUCCAGUUCUGUAACUCAGUCAAUUAAGACAACAGUCACCGAAGCCAUACCUAAGCCAUCUGUCAUCCCCAUCGAUAUUAAACCAGGAGAUGAUGCCUGUGUCUUCCCAACAUGUGCCAACAUUCAGGAAAGUGGACCAAAGUGUAACCUCGCCAAAGAUCAAACGUUCUGCCUACCUGAAGUUAGUCCCUCAAACCCAAAUACUCCUGCUGAACCGGAAAGCUUUCCGAAGACAGGAGAUAUGAACGACAGAUCAGUUGCCGUCAACUUCUACGGCAAUGCAGUGUUUGUGCUGCUUUCCUGCUUGACGGUGAAAUUGGCUUUCUAAAAAGUUGAGAAGAAAAACAACAUCUAACAAACAAGCAACCAACAAGAAACUACUUUCUCUCAUGUUUUCGUUUAGAAACUGAGAUUCCUUGAAGACAUAUCAAAGGCUGCAGACCACAUUGUUAGGAAGAGAAGGUUGGUUCUAGUUUAAGAUAGCACUAGAUUCCAAAGUCAAAUAGACUCCAAACUGUGCAAACCACUUGGGCUUUUCUCUUCCUAGAAGCUCAGUAGAUCGAUUGUUAACUUGAAUGGUAAAGCAGGAUGUUUUUUUGUUUCCUUCUCAAGUGCAAUGCUCGUGGAACACUGACUGAAAGACUUUGCUUCUUUGUGGAAGAUUGUUUCAUUUUCCUCAACCCCUUCUACCCACAUCAGAGGAGAGACUCAUCUGUGUGUAGCAGUUUCAGUAUUCCCCUAGGUUUAUUUUAUUUAACACUAAAGUCACCUACCCUCCCUGCCUCCUACCCCAACAGGCCCCGUGCUUGCUUUUUUUUUAAUUUUUUUUU